CUUUUUUUAGGAGGAAGCAAAGAAGAAGCAAUACAACUACAACGUGCGCGCACGACUGGGCACGUGCGCGUUCCCGCUGCGUAGCGACAAGAUGGCGGUCGCCACCGGAUCAGGCGUUAAAGUUCCCCGCAACUUCCGACUUUUGGAGGAGCUGGAAGAGGGUCAGAAGGGUGUGGGAGACGGAACGGUGAGCUGGGGCCUGGAGGACGACGAGGACAUGACCCUGACACGGUGGAGAGGCGUGAUCCUCGGCCCUCCGAGGGUUAGUGGCGCCGUUUCAACACCUAACGGCCUCACGAGUUAUGAAAACAGGAUGUACAACCUGAAGGUUGAAUGUGGGCCAGGCUACCCAGACUCUCCGCCGUUUGUCAGAUUUGUGACCAAGAUAAACUUGAAUGGCGUGCACACGUCCAACGGCGUGGUCGACAUGCACGCCGUGACCCCGCUGGCCAAGUGGCAGAACUCCUACAGCAUUCGCAUGGUGCUGCUGGAACUGCGGCGCCUCAUGAUGUGCAAGGAGAACAUGAAGCUUCCUCAGCCGCCAGAGGGCCAGAUGUACUCCAACUGAGCUUCUGCUGCUUCUUCCGUCAUGUUCUUCUCCUUCUUCCUCCCUCCGAUUUUCUCUCUGUUUAGUUUUAAUCCCUUAAUCCGAACGCCAUGCCAUGAGACACUCCACCUUCCACCUACAAACAUGCACAUAAGCAGCAGGAGACGUAAAAGCGCCAGAGCAGAGACAUUAAGAGCUACUCAGAAAGCACUUAGAUUCUCUUCAUUAGUCAUUUCAGGCCCUGGUCUUUCAUUAGAAAUCAUCCAAAUACUGUACAUUGUACUAAUUAUUAUUUUUUCCAGUUAUAAAUGUUAAAAAUGCUGAUUGUAUAAUAACAAACUUAUUGAGUGUUUCUCUUUGUGUGCUGCCUUUUGUAUCAUAGAAAACAUAGGAAACUUUAACAUGCAUCACCAUACUUGGCUAAACGUGGCUUGGAGAAGAUGUACAGAAGAAUCCCAGUUUUUCUCUUUCUUUCUUUUCUUUUUCUAUUUUUACUGCAUUCCACGUGGCAAUAAGAAUGUCUUUAUGUGUUCAGAUAAAUCUAGAUGUGUUGCUGUGGGCUUUGCAAAAAUGUUUUUGUACAGGUGCUUUUGUAAAUGCAUAAUGUUUAGAGUUGUAAACAUUGUGUAUUUAUCUAAAAUUAUAUCCUAAGAGGCAUUGUAUGCAAUUAGACCGGCAUUUAUAUCAUGCUUGAAAAGAAAAGUGAAAUCAGCUACCUCUUUUGGCCCAACUCGAUGUGAUGUACUGCAUUAUUGUGUUUCUCUCUCCAUUUUCUUUCAUAAAUCUCUAUUCAUGCGUC